UAAAUCUGCAGCUGAUCAACGUAAUCGUUGUCUGCCACUAAGCAAGUUUAAAACUUUUAAUUUUAUAUUAAUUUAUUGUGAAAUGUAAACUAUCAAAUUAUAUAUUGUAGUUUUUAAUAAAAAGAAAUGGCUUGGUACGAUGGACUUUCAUCUUUAAAAGGCCAGAUUAGUAAUUUUACAAAGGAGAUUGUAGUACCGACUCUACUCCCUGACAGUGAAGAAGUUUCCAGUGACAAAGAAAAGUAUAUCCACGAUCUGGAAAAAAAAUGUCGAGAUCUUCAAGUUCAAGUUGAAAAACUAGAAAAAGAACACCAGCGUAAGAACUCUGAUGAAGUGGUUGACUGGGAGAGCUUCAAGUGGGACGAGAGCAGCGAGUCAGGUGGCGGCUGGGCCGACGACGAUUUCCAGGAUGUUUACUUGGGGCAAGAUGGACCCGAGGUGGAGCAAAAUGACCUCACCAUAUCGAGAAGGCAGAUGGCUAAAAUUAUCAAUGAGAAGCAUAAGUUAGAACACAAGUGCAAGAUCCUUGACCAGGAAAAAACAUCAUUCGCUAAAGAAUUGGAAGAAGUGAAAGCCGCAUACAACAGUAUUCGUCAUGAGCGAGGUGAUUCAAAGAGCGUGAGUCUGAAUGAAAAGACUGAGGAGAAUGAGAAUGCUAAAUUGCAGCGCCAGGUACAACAAUUAACGGAUGAGAUUGAUAGUAUCAAUGCUGAGAAGGUGCAUUUGAGGUCUGAAUUGGCAACGAUGAUUAGGGCAGUACAAGAUUUAGAAUCGCAAGUUGCCGUCAGUCAGGACGAGAACGCCAAUCUAUCGACUGGAAUGGAAGAGUUGGACAUGGAACAUCAACAAGCUAUUGAACAAAUCAUGACACUGAAAAACAAUGCAGUCAGGGAUUUGGAACAACUUCGCAGUCAACAUGCAGAAUUGAAAUCCAUGUACGCAGCUGAAUUGAAAUUGAGAUCAGAACCACAUGCCACCACGCAUUCGUGUUCGCAAACGGAUGCGGAGGAAUCUGCCACCUCGCAUUCGUGUUCGCAAACGGAUGCGGAGGAAUCUGCCACCUCGCAUUCGUGUUCGCAAACGGAUGCGGAGAAGUCCGCCGUUCAUGCUAUCACGCAUGCGUGUUCGCAAACUGAUGCAGAGGAGUCUACCGUCGUUCAGCAGACUGCUGCUGACGUUCACGAGGCUCCGGUCAAUGGCAAACUGAGAAACACCGGCUCCGAUCAAUCUGUGAUUCCUGACGAGUAUUUUGCUGACGUUGCGCCAUCUCAUCCAAGCGAGACAGAAGAGGUCAGGUCACUUCAACUCCGGUUACAAGAGAGCGAGGAAGAAUUGGAAGCAUUGGAGAAACAGAAUAUGGCGUUGAUAGAGAAGGUGCAGAGUUUGACGGCGACCUGCGAACGUCUGGCUCCGAUAGCUGAGGGCAGUGACAGCGAGCAAGUGGAGGCGCUUGAGCAGAAGGUGAGCGCGCUCGACGAGCAAGUGCAAGUGCUGCGCGAAGUGCGCACAAACCUCGAGGUAGAGAUGAGCACGUGCAGGGCCGAGGCACAGGCCGUGCAUGCGCAGUUGGCUGCAUUGCAGGCCUCUCACAAGCACCAGGACAACCUGCACAACGAGAUCGCGCAGCUGCAGCAGCACAACCAAUUCCUCACCGAGCAACACCAACAACAGUUGACAACACUCGCCAACAACAUGGAUCAACAGAUGGAGAAAGAGAAGCUCAUCAACAUCGAACUGUCUCAACAGAUAACAUGCCUGAAAGAGCAAGUGGAAACUUUGAGAUUGAAUGAAUGUGAUAGAAGUUGCUCAAAAUGUGAAUCGAAAGAACGGAAGAUGUGCGAGUUGAUUUUGGAGAAGUCUGUGUCUGAUAAGGAACUUGAACAAACAAAACAAGAGCUAAUUGAUUUAAAAGACAUUUAUACAACCCUAAAUGAUGAGACAGCCUCUAAACGUUCACAAUUAGAAGAGAUUGAUAGACAGAAAACUGACUUGGAAAGAGAAAUUUCCCUUCGAAACAAGUCCUACGAAACACUUGAAGAUAUGCAUCGAAAAUUGCAAACUCAGCUGUCCAACUAUGUUGAGGAUCAUAAGAAGAAUUUAGCUAGCAUAGAGGAAAAGACUGGUGAAAUUUUAGAGUUGCAAAAUAAGUUCCAAAAGUUACAAGCAGACCACAUGCAACUAGUUAAGAAGGAUCGGGAAAAUGAUGAAUACAAGAGCUCUGCGGUAAACAUGGAAGUAGUGUUAAAAGAAGUGCAAGCAGAGUUGAAUGACUCUAAACAAAUUAUCAAUACCAUAGAAAACGAUAAAUCUAAUCUCCUUGCAGAAAUCAACAAAUUGAGUAUUGAAAAAAGCGAGAAAGACAGUGAACUUGUAGCACUUGAACAACAAAUUCAGCAAUAUAAAGAUUUGACUAGUAUAUUGGAAGCAAAAUUGGCGAAGAUUAAUGAGGAUUUUGUGCAAAAAGAAGGUGAGCUUGGAGAGUUGAGGAAGAAUGUCCAAAAUUCGGUUGCAGCUGAGGAGAGUGUGAACACACUCAAGCAGUUAGUUGACAAUCUCGAAAAACGCAACAAACAACUAGAACAUAGAUGCGGUGAACUAGAGCUGGAAAGUAGCGAGAAAAUGCCCAAAUUGCUACUGGAACGAGAUCAGUUGAUAGGCAGCCUUCAGGCGAAGCAUUCAGAAAGCAUGGAAUAUCAUGCAGAGAUCCAAAGGCUGAAUAAGUUGAUCUCUGAUGAACUUGCGAAGAAUGCACUGUUGACUAGUGAUGUGUCAAGCUUAAUGGAGACAUCUACAGAUUUGAAACAACAAAUGCAGGGCAAAGAAGAAACUUUGAAACAUCAACAUAACGAGAUAAUGAGUCUCCGUGUUCAGGUUGAAAGCCUGCAAAGUCAACUGGACUACGCUUCGCAGCUGCUCAGGGUCGAUGACCGCCAAGAAGCCGAAGGCCAACCCUCCUCCCAAGUGGAUAGUGAUUUAAAGAAAGAGUAUGUGACAAAUUCAGAAACAGAUCAGAGCAAUCUAGCUGGUUCUCUCUUACAAGAACAGACUAGGAACAAGUACCUUCAAAAUGAGGUACAAGAACAACAUGAAAAAGAAGCCAGUUUAAUUAAGGAAAUUGAAAGGUUGAGAGAACACCUGGUCAACGUCGAAGAUUCUUACACUCAAGAAAUGGUCAAGGCCGAAGAGAAGGUUCAGGAGUUGCAGCAAAGACUGUCACAAGCCAAUGAAAAAGUGAAAAACUCAUCGACAGCUUAUACAUCUGUAAGUAUCCGCGCCAACCAGCAGGUGGAAGCACUGCAGUCGCAGAUGAAGUUGAUGACAGAGCAUCAGCAGCAACUGGAAGCCCAGCUGUCUGCCUCUGAGGACAAACUGCAGAAGCAAGCAGCUGCACUCACCAAUCUACAGAUCGUCCUAGAACAAUUUCAAAGAGACAAGCAGAAAGAUAUAAGCUUGGAGACUGCUCGUUUGCAGCAGUGUUUGGAUUCUGCCAAUGACACCAAUCUUCGGCUGAAGAAGACAACUGAAUCUUUGCAGGCUCAACUUGAAGAAGCCAAAGAAGGACUAAGAGCAGCUUCGAGACUGGGUGAACAACUCGAGAUGAAGCAACAAAUCAUUGUUGAUUUGAAUACUAAACUCCAACAGCUGCAAGAUAAACUGGUGAGAACUGAGGAGAAGCUGAAGACAACAACUAGUGGAGUGGAAGGCAAGGUUGACAAGUGAGUAAUUCAAUUACAAAUUAAAAGGAUUAAGUAAUUUUCUUAACUAAUUGCUGUAUUGAUCAAGAUUGAUAGUUGAUACCCAUAUUUUAAACAAGAUCUUGAAUGUUAUGAUAAUGAAACCUCAAC